UAUUUACCGCACUGUAUUAAAAACAUUUAAUUCCACGUAAAUCGGUUCAGUGUUGUUCGAAUUUCACUAUCGCCACUACGUUUUGUCGUGCUCUGGACAUUAACUAGUCAGGAUGGGAAGUUUCAGUGUUCUACUAUUGAUCGUCCCAUUUGGGUUGUGCCUUUCGCUGUACUAUCCAGCGACGAAGGCCGCACCAACGGCGGACACAGCAGAAGAUCAGCUGAUGCUACCAGCGGGCAAUCCGUAUCACCUGGUGCAGCGUCGGACGAUAAUUUUUCGGCCAAUUUUCCUUUAUCGACAGCAAGAGAUCGAGAAACAGCGAAAACAUGAAACCAGAGAACAAAAUCAACAGGAUAAUCAGGGAUACCAACAGCAGCUGCAGGAAUAUGAACAGCAAAUGCAAGACUACAAACAGCAGAUGCAGCAAUAUAAGCAACAGCAUAAUUGAUUCACUAAAAUGUUAUGAUAAAAAUAAUUUAUUAUAGAUUCUAAAAUAUAUUUCGUUUUUUUUUUGAGUUUGUAA